AUGGAAGAGGGAGGCCCUCAGGUCAUACCGGCAGGCAGCCGUGGGGGAUUCUGGGAAAGGACAAGGCUGGGCAAGGACGCUGCCGCCUCAGAUGAGCGGCGCCGGAUCUUCCGGCAGUUCCGCUACCAGGAGGCCGAGGGGCCCCGAGUGGUUUGCAGCCGCCUCCACGACCUCUGCCGUCGGUGGCUGAAGCCGGAGCGACACACCAAGGCUCAGAUCCUGGACCUGUUGAUCUUGGAACAAUUCCUGACUGUCCUCCCCCCGGAGAUAGAGAGCUGGGUCCGAGAGUGUGGAGCAGAGACCAGUUCCCAGGCGGUGGCCCUGGCCGAAGGCUUCCUCCUGAGCCAGGCCGAGGACUGGAAGGAGGAAGAACAGGGGAGGUUUCAUCUCAGACGGGUGCAGUCAGCAAAGCUGGCCACUGAUUUCUCUGAAGCAGAGAUGACUCCAUGGGAUACCAGGCAGAGCUCGCUUUCCUGGGGGUUUACGCAGGAAUGCGAAAGAAAUACCGGCUUAUUGGGUGGCGGACGGUCUCUGGCAAGGCCGACUAAGUCGCCUUUUCUUGGUGAUGGAGUGGAAACGGAUUCUGUGCAGCCAGAUCAGAAUCCAGUGACCUUCGAGGAUGUGUCUGUGUACUUCACGGAGGAGGAGUGGGUGCUGCUGGAUCCAGGCCAAAGAGCCCUGCAGUGGGAAGUCAUGGUGGAGAAUUAUGGGAACCUCACUGCCCUAGCAGGGGAUGGCAGGAAUAGCAAAGGACCACACAGAGAGUCCUUGGAAAGAACCAGAUGUACAGAGGAGGAAAAACAGAGAAGGGAAACCAGGUCAGAAGAGAUGAGCGAGGAUACGUUCUUUGCUUCCAAAGGCGAUGACUUCCAUGAAAUAACAAUCCAAGAGAAGACGGACAAUGAAAAGAAAAGGAGUCUUUGCAACGUAUGCGGAAAAAGCUUUAGUCGUAAAUCGCAUCUUAAUGAACACAAGAGAAUCCACACCGGGGAGAAGCCAUACAAAUGCUCGGAGUGUGGAAAGAGCUUCAGACGGAGCACUGACCUUACAUCACACCAAAGAACCCACACGGAAGAGCAACCGUUUCAAUGCUCCGAGUGCGGGAAGAGUUUCCGGGGCAGUUCCGACCUGAGGUCGCAUAAACGGAUCCACACCGGGGAGAAGCCGUACACCUGCGCAGUGUGUGGGAAGAGCUUCAGUCACAGCAUCAGCCUCAAUUCCCACCAGAGAAUCCACACAGGGGAGCAGCCGUUUAAAUGCGCAGUGUGUGGGAAGAGCUUCACGCGGAACACGGGGCUGACCCUGCAUCAGCGUAUUCACACGGGGGAGAAGCCAUAUACCUGCGCCUUGUGCGGGAAGAGCUUCAGUCACAGCAAAAGCCACGCCAUCCACCUCAAAGUCCACGCCGGGGAGAAGCCGUACAUGUGCUCCGAGUGCGGGAAAAGCUUCAUUGGGAGUUCAUACCUCAAAUCACAUCAGAGAAUCCACACAGGGGAGAAACCGUAUACGUGCCCCGUGUGUGGAAAGCGAUUCAGGUGGAGCACAAAUUUUAACGAACAUAAAAAAAUCCACUCCGGGGAGAAUACUGUAAAUCCUAGAAUGGUGGAAAGACCUCCCAACGGAGCACAGAUCUUUAUUUCAGAGGACGUAUAUGCAGACAAGAGUUUUUUCUGACCUACGGGAUUAUACAAACCAUCAGAGAAUCAACAGAUGGGAAAGAGCA